AUGCUGAACUCUCAUCGCCAGUCAGUGCUGACCAACGCAUGUAUCAAGCCCUCUGUGGACCCCAUUAACCGGAUACCUGGCACCAUCUAUGAGCCAAAAGGGCAGGUCCGGCUCUUGGGCCUACUUUCAGAGAGCACUCCUUCUCCACAGGAGGAUUAUCUGGAUGCUGGAGAUGGAAUACUGAUCUGUAUGAAGCGAGCAAAGAAGAAGAGUGCCACCUCAACUGGAAAGGGCUGCUGGGAGCCUGAGAAAUCGGGCCUAAAUGUCAGUGACGUCUCAGACAUGGAGCCAGAUUCCAACUCAAGCAGGCAACUCAUGCCACCGACAUCAGACCCUAAGGCCAGCUCCCCAAGCUCUUCACCACCACCUGUGCCUCCCAGUCAACUGCGUCCAGGUUCAUUUCCAUUCCACUGGAGGUGGGAGAGAUUUUCUAUCAAGGGUCAAGCCAUGUACCAACACCGAUCUUUAGAAAAGGCUAAGAAGAACUCCCCCAAGUCUUCGAAGAGUGCUAUUUGUGAACCUCUCAGCACAACAGAGUCAGAUUCAGGCUCUACCAAUGGGCAGGGAUCCAGUAACAUUCAAGACAACUACUGUCUGGCUGAGUGUGGGACAUCAGGAGGUCCCAAGGAGGCCCGCCAUAAGCAUCAGAAGCACCAACAGCUCAUGGGCCCACCUCCUGGGAGUUCCCUUUUGCCUCUGUACUGGAAGAUGGAGGCCCGUUCUGAGGCUCGGAAGCGCCAACUGCGCCAGGAACGCCGACACUGGCUUCAGCUUGCCCAGCAGUUACUGAGCCUUGAGGACCGGUCCCCCUGGUUUGAGAAACACUUCUCUGCCAAGCAGCUGGAAGAGAAACUGAGAGCAGAACUUCUCUGCCUGGCCACAGAGCCUGCAGAGCCCAGUCCACCCAGUCCACAAAGGGAGAAAAACAGAGCCAAGACUGCCAAGGAGGAACCAACAUUCAAACCCACAAUCAACCGCAAGAUCCCCAAUUUCAAGCAUUUGCAAAAGCGCUUCCAAGAACAACUUGAGCAAAAGAAAGAUCAAGCAAAGAUCACUGUCUGCAAGCCUUUCCGCCUUACCUCUGCCGGCAGCUCCCAAACAUUCUCUGGGGAUGAGGACAAACUGGACCAGGAAGACCCAUUUGACGAGAUUCGCAACCUCUGGGGAGUUCACUGGAGGGCCCAGUCUUGUCCAGAUUUCAGCCCUUCUAGUGUUCGUCCAGUGAUGCACACCAAGACCUCUGAUAAACGGCAGGAAGCCAACAGACUGCUGCUACUAGAAUGGGAACGGCAGGAACGGCUGGAGAAGCGGCGAGCUGAGAUGCGCAGGAUCAAGGAACAACAAGUGCAGCGGGAAGUAGCCAAGUGCCUGGCAGCUUACCGGAUCCCAGGCCAGUCUGCUACAUCAGUCCAGAAAAGGCGGGAGGAACUCCGGAGACAGGAGAAGCAGCGCAUGGAGGAAUACUUCUUGCAGCUGCAAGAGAUGCAGGACCGUGUGGAGAGCAGGCCGUACCUCUUUGAGAGAGUCAUGCAGACCAAUGCCCGUCAAGCUGUGGAACGGCGUUUUUCCCAAGUCCUGGCUGCCCUGGGCAUCGAUGAAGAGAUGCUAUGGAAGCAUGCUGUCCGGAAGGCUGCUAGCAAAUGCUCUUCCAAGGCCAUGCGGUGUAAAAGAACUGAGUCACCCAAUAACUUCUCAGAGCAAACCUGA